AGACAUAACAAGCUGCCUCACGUGAGCUCAGGGGACUGACGCGGGACCCGGCCCCCGGCGCCCACCUCCUCGUAGCCUCAUGGAGCACCUCAACUCUUGGGUCCCAUCUGGCCUGUUAAGGUCCGUCUCGAGCGCGGGAUCGGGCCUCAGCCAGCGCAUCUGGGCCCCCAGUUCUCCACCCCAGAGGCCCUUCCGGGUCUGUGACCACAAACACAAUGCGCGGAAGGGGCUGAUGGCCGGGACCUUGAAGGAGCUUCUGACCAAGGCCACGGAGGCGUUGCUGAUCUCUGGGAUUGUGUCCUUGGUGCUGGAGGAAGACGGGACGGCCGUGGAGAGUGAGGAGUUCUUUAAAGUCCUGGAGGACAACACGGCCUUUAUGGUGCUCAGAAGCGAUCAAAAGUGGACCCCUGGGAAGGGUGGCAGCCGCUCGUUCGCAUUGAGCCAAGAGAAGCCCCGGAACAGCCGGGACAUCGCCCGCAUCACUUUCGACGUCUACAAGCUCAGCCCCCGCGACCUCUUCGGCAGCCUCAACGUUUCAGCGACCUUCUACGGUCUCUACUCCAUGAGCUGCGACUUCAAGUGCCUGGGGCCCAAGAAAGUGCUCAGGGAGUUACUACGGGUGGCCUCCGGCGUCAUGCAAGCCAUCGGGAACAUCCUCUUGGGCACCUCUCACUAUAUCCGUCACCUUGUGGAGGGCGGUGAAAACUGGAACUCACACAGGCGGCUGCGUGGCUACGAAGACUGAGAUCUCUUCCCUUCCUCUCCUCAGACACCAAGGCAGUAUUUCCUUGCCGCAAUCUCCCCCCCCCCCCCCCCAAAUCACAGGAAUGCAAUUUCAUCAGGGACAACAAUUUAAAACAGGGCUGUUCUGUAAAACAGGGGCAAUGAAUUAAAAUAGGGUUGCACUGUAAAAAAUAAGGUUACAAAGUUACUUGGAUAAAUUAUUAAAGACUGUGAUCUAUACUA